UGAUGCCUCAUUUGAAUGCAACAGUGGAAAAACAAUAUCAGUUUUUGGAAUAGGCCGUUUUCUGCGAUCACGCCAGUCCGGUCUACACUUGGCUGUAACAGUUGAUUCCAUGAUCCUCUGUCUCGGCCACAUCCCAAAGAACAAGGACAGAGUUUAUUACCUACCCACGAUAUCGUAAACUAGUUUGGAAGUCAGAUUCUGGAUAAUGACACUGGCGACCAUUGUGGGGUUGUGCCUGUGCAGUGUGUACUACUGUAUGGCAUUCCCCGACGGGUAUACUGAAAUAAGGAACGCCAGGACGUAUGAUCGUUUCUAUGGAAAGGACAGACUAAGACUUUGGGUCACCUGGACCGACCUGAAUGGCCAAUUUCAUGACUUCCGGUUCCAGGCGGAUAAUCGUGGUAUCGUCAGAUUCCAAGAUCGGGGGAGGGUAUACAACAGCUCGUUUCCUUGCGGAAGCGGCGGAGUCAGGUUUACCCACGAAGGAGGAAAGGAAGUGUUCGCUGUCCACCCAGACUGUGAGAUGUGCAUGGCUAUGUUCAGCUGGAUGCGAUCAAUGAGUUUUAGUCCUCAUGCCACUGGGAUCGAGUUCAGAUGCUUCAAGAAGAAUGAGAGGGGGCUCUAAGAAGCCUCGCGCGUUAUGAUCAGUUCAGGGUGAUUCUGAUGCCAUACCAUUGGAUUGAUUCUCUAAUUUGUUUGUUUCUGAUGCACAUGAAAUCAAAUUUGAAAACCAUGUGUUAACCGUCUUCCAACCGCUGUUGUUCAGAUUCAUUCGAUGCAAAUGUUAAAGCCCCUGAGCUGUAGUAGUCUGUGACCUUAGAGAGUGAGAGUGUCGACAGAUGAACCACUGAAUGCAUCCGGAACCUACAGUGACACCCCGUCACACUUGUAAAGUCGUUGUGGUCAUAGACACAGGCUGCAUGUGGCGGGAAGUAUGCUCGUCAGUCUUGUAACUCAGCACCUUGUGUUUGCGGUCGAAUUGCAAAUAAAGCCAAUUUGUAAUCUUCAAAGUAUGUCCAAUUAGAUGAUGACUUUACCUCUGACAACAUCGAGAUAUGAUUUCCUGAGGUGAUCAAGACAACCCGGCCGCUGAUUGAGCGGAGGAGUUGUUUGCAUUGCGUGCAGUGGAUAUAAUAGAGAGAGUCGAUCUGAACAGCCUGGGAUUAGAUCACCUUAUGUGGUCCAAUUUACACACUUUGCACUGGUUAUUUGUACAGCGGAACUAUCCCGGCGGACAAUCAUGAUGGGUACCCGUUUCAUUUGACAGGUCCUUGCAAUCAUGGCAAUGGGAAAUGGUAGAUCUAAAGCGAGUAGGCUAAAGCCCGUAGCACACUAGCCGCCAACUUCGGCGUUCACAGGCGUUUUUUGCCGCAAGAGUCCUGAACGCCUGAAAAAUCCCUAGUCUGCUACGAACGGCGUCGGCGAACGUAACUUGACGCCACUUGCCGCAACUAAACGCCAAAUAUCUGGGCAGGUGUGCUCUGACCGGGAUCCACUGGCCGCCAACUUCGGCGUCGAGAGGCGUCAGCUGAACUCUUCUUGUCGCCAAAGUUGGCGGCUAGUGUGCUGCGGGCUUUACACUUCUGACUCGCUGCUAGGGAGAGGCGCCGAUCGACCGUCCAGUGGGCGGAUGUUUCCUGUUACAACUGUUGCUGUUGUGACAGACAUGCUUGAUCGAAAUAAACGUUCCACGACCAGAAACCCCAAUUCCAUGACCACCGCUAAUCCACGGUUCCAUUGGAUAAAAAACGUCAUGUGAUCGGGCCCAAUGGAAUUCAAAUGAUAUCUAUCGGAUAUUUAGUAAACCGUGGAAAACUGGUUUUGAUCUCGUGGUGCGUUCGUUUCAGCCAAUCAACUACACACGGGUAAACUCCAUCCUCAAUCAACAUGUCAGUGACUUUUGUUCAAGCAGAGUCUAGACCAAUGUUAGGACACCAAAAGGUUACCGAAUGUGUUCAUUCUGUCAAGUUGAAGAUGUCACCUUAGAAUGUAAGAAACUAGAUGACAUCACUGAGAUGGUGUUUAUCCCUAGACUAAACUCAAAACAGUGUCAAAGCAUCGUCGAGACAUUAGUUUCCCCUAUAUCGAGCAAUCUUUUCAGCCAAAUUACCUUAACAUUUUAUUGAAAAAGACGCGGCCAAUGCAGCGUAUAAUAAAACCAUUGAAGAUCAUUCUAUGUGAAUUAUCUGAGCCAAAUCGUCUGGCAAGACCAUUUGAUAUAUGUAUAUGAAAUAAUACCCAUUAAAAUAACAUCUGCCAGCGCCGCGUAUUUCAACUCUCUCUCUCUGAACAUUUCGUAUAAUGAUGCACCAGGUUGAUCCACAGGUCACAUUGGACGAAAUAUUGAUGAAUCGUUUACAUAAAUGGCAUUAAGUGUUGAACAUUAUCAAAAUGAUGUGUGAUGAAAGUGAAGCCUAUUGUGAAAUACAAAUGCGUGU